GGAUUGUCCUCUUGGACUCAGCACUGGGAAGGCUGUACCUCAAAUCAUGGAUUCAGUUUGGGGCCUCUCAUGCCAAGUAAGAUCUUGAGGGGCUGGAGCAUGUGUGGAGAAGGGAAUGGAGCUGGGGAAGGGUCUGGAGCCCAGGGGUUCAGGGAGCUGCAGAGGGCCCUGGGGCUGUUUGGUCUGGAGAAGAGGAGGCUGAGGGAAGACAUCAUCGCUCUCUGCAGCUCCCGCAAAGGAGGCUGUGGUGAGGCGAGUGUUGUUCUGUUCUCUUCUCCCCAGGGACAAAAGACAGAACAAUAGGGAGCGGACUCAGGUUGUGCUAAAGGAGGUUUAGAUUGGAUAUUAGGAAAAAUUUAUUUCUUGAAAGAGUGGUGAAGCCCUGGCAGAGGCUGCCCAGGGCAGUGGUGGAGUCCUCAUCCCUGUAGAUGUAAAACACCCAAGUUGCUGUGGCACAUUGGGACGUGGCUUAGUAGGCACCGUUGGUGUUGUGUUGGUGGUUGCACUGGAAAAUCUUCAGGACUUUUCCAACCUUAACGAUUCUAUGCCCUUCCCAGAGAGCCUGGGCCGCCACCCUUGGUGUUUCUCUGCUGGCUCUUGGCAGGCAGAGCUCGGAGCCAGGCGCUGCUGCCUGUCCCAGGGCUACACACGCUCACCACAGCAGCAGAGCAUUCAGCAGGGUUUUUUCAGAUGUCCAACCCUACCUCCUGCCUCCCCUCCUGAUUGGAAUGACCCACGUCACUCCCCCUGCCCAAGUUCACUGUACCCAGCACCCAGAACCAGCCCCUCUGUGACAUCAGCUCGGGGCCAAGGGCUCUGCGAGCAGCGUGAGCACUGCAGGCAGUUCGUCGGUUGAUGCCAUACUCGUCACCAGCUCUUGGUUCUUCUACUCCCUCGUGCCACUGGCACCAUGAAUGUUCUUUUUGUCCUCACCCUCCUGGCCCUGUUCUGGCCAGCACAGGGCUCCUGGGACACCUGCGAGACUUGCGGACUCCGGCCCUCGGAUUACCAGAACUAUAGCUCCGCACACGCUGCUGGUGGGAGCGAUGGCCAUCCAGGUGCCUGGCCGUGGAUCGUGAGCGUGCAGCAGAUCCGGGAGGCAGGCGUUGUACACAUCUGCGGAGGGACCCUCAUCCACCCCCAGUGGGUGCUGACAGCAGCCCACUGCUUCGUCAACACCCACAAUGUCCUGAUGUGGCGCGUGGUUGCCGGUAUCAUGCACUUGGCUCAUGAGGGACCUGAGGUCCAAGUGCGCUAUAUUAAACGGAUCCUGGGUCACAAAGGCUACAGCAACAUCACUCAGGCAAAUGACAUUGCCUUGAUAGAACUGGACGAGCCUUUCCAGUGCAGCCCCUACGUGCAGCUCGCCUGCGUGCCAGAUUUCUCCCUGCGAGUCCAGGAGCUGAAGACCUGCUACGUCAGCGGUUGGGGGGCCACCAUGGCCGGAUCUCCUGGAAUGCCUCCUGUGCUGCUCGAGUCCCAGGUCCACCUUCUCAACACACAUGCCUGUAACAGCAGCGGGUGGUACCGUGGAGCCAUCCACCCCCACAACCUGUGUGCGGGAUAUCCACAAGGCGGCAUCGACACCUGCCAGGGGGACAGCGGGGGUCCUCUGGUCUGCCAAGAUCCCCAUGCUAACCACUCCUGGCUGGUGGGAGUGACCAGCUGGGGGAGAGGUUGUGCCAGAGCCCGUCGGCCAGGGGUUUAUACCUCUACGCAAUACUUCCGUGAGUGGAUUGUGGCUCAGAUGGGGAUGGACUUGGCAGGAGCGGCCACUUCAACAGAAUCAGCAAAGACCCAUUUUCUCACCAUCUCAAACCCUGGUGAAGGACCCCAGCCAGAACCAACACAGCGUGCCGUGUCUUCCACCUGCCCGUUUCACCUGGAUAAGCUGAAGGGCGUUUUCGCCCAGCUGCAGAAGGUCCUGAAGUUCUUGAGGGGUGGCAAGGACUGAGCAGCAGGCGAAAGAGGAUGCAGGAUAGGGUGCGUGAUACCACCACUGUGUCCUUCUGAGGCAAUGCCUGCUGCUCCAAAGGCAGCCUCAGGGUCCCAGACCUGCUCCGUCAAUCAAGAAUAAUAAUAAUAUUAAAUAAAAUGCAUACAUAAAAAUACAGAAAAUCGCGUUCCCACUCCUUGAUGACUAUGUCACCACAGAUGCUGCAGAGCAGGCAUUAAGGGAAGGGUCUGAGGAUGGGAGGGAAUUGGACUCAGGAACUCAGGAACUGAAUUCAGGAGAAGAAGCCUGGAGAAGAGAAGGAUCUGAGAAAAAGCCUGGGCUUCUGCCACUGCAUCCCAGAUGACUCCAUCUCCAUUGUUCUAGUCCCUUGGGCAUGCUGAGGCAGUCGCACCCUCCCUAGAAGCUUUCCGCUCUCCCUUGGGAAGCAGGAGGCAGGGAGGUGCUGGGCUGCUGCAGCGCGGGGCUCCUCUCACCCUUCUCUCCAUCUACGGUCUAGCAACCUCCCAGCGUGGCGAAUAACGUGCUAGGAUUCCAUUUCAUUCUAUUCUAGCAUUGUAUUCAGUUAUGGUUCUGUUCUAUUCCAUUCUAUUCCUAUUUCAUUUCAAUUCUUUGCUG